AUGACAAAUGUAUCAACAACACUACCAAAAACAGUUGGAUUGGCCAUUGAUACACCAAAUUAUUAUCAUAAAUUUCGCAGUAUACAUAGUAUUUUGGUUCAGAUUACAUUGCCUUACAUCUUCAUAAUAGUUUGCAUUGGUUUUAUUACUAAUACAUCGACUAUUGUACUUUUAUCCAAAGGUUUUGUUACAAAAAACCUUAGACAUAAAUGGACAUUGAUUGCAUUAGCUCUUAGUGAUCUUAUUCACAAUAUUGCUUUAUUGAUUCGAGUUAUUCAUGAUAUUGUUAAUGGCAGAAUGGAAUAUCUUUGUUUAAUCAUUUCAUUCCUUAGUCACUUAGCUGAAUUACUUUCAGCUUGUUUUACUGUUUUAUUUACUGUGCAACGUUAUUCAGCUGUUCGUUAUCCAUUGCAAGCAGCUGUUCAAGAAAGAUCGUCACCAAUUAUUCAUCUUGUAUUACUUUUUAUAAUUAGUGUUACAUUUUGUGCAGCAUUAUCGCAUAGCAAUACAUAUAUCGAUUGUCAUGAAGAACUUAAAUUAAGUUGGUUUAUUGCUGAUGCUUUAAUUUCAUUUAUCAUUCCAUUUUCUUUAAUUUUAAUAUACAAUAUAUUUAUUGUUAAUUUGAUUCGAAAACAUGCACGUUCACCGUUUAAUAUACAAUCAACAUUAGUAAAAUCGAAUAGACAUGUGAAAAAUGGUAUACAUUAUAAUUUCAGAAAAAAUAAUCGUUCUAAAGAUAGUUUUUCAAUAACAUAUUCAUAUGGUAUUCCACUUACUUCACAUGGUACAUUAUUUGAAACAGAUAUUGAUAAACGAUGCAGUCCAAUUUAUUCAUCGAUCAAAAGUAAUAAAAGUAGUACUUCAAUAAUGAGAAGUCAACCAAGAUCACCAUGUAAUAUUUCAAAUGAAGCAGAAUUUCAAGCCUGUGAAAUACCAAUGUCAAUGUUACAAAUUGACAAAGUAAAUUCAGAUGUAUUAUCAAUUAAUCAAUCACCAUCGAUUUCUCGUCAAUCAACUAGAUCAGAAGGAGAUAAUAAGAACAAAAAUCAACAUAAAUUAUCGAAUCCAUUUAAUCCAAGACGAUUAUCACGAUUAUCAAGAGAUAUAGAUUUUAUUUCGAAUAAGAAUUCUCAAACAACACAAUCAAUUCGUGUUACACGUAUGCUUGUUCUUGUUUCGACAUGUUUUCUUAUACUUAAUGCACCAGCACAUUUAUUUAUUAUUGCUUUAAAAAUUUAUACUGGUAUUGAUGCACCAGUUUAUAGUGAACAUACUGAACUUGACAAAUUUAAACAAACAAAAAAUUUAACAAAUAAUCAAAUAAAAAAUUUUGUUGUUAUUCAAACUAAAAGUUUUACAAAAACUGAAAACAAACAUUUAUUAGCUUAUGAUACGAAUAUGAUUGAUGAUCAAAUAAUUGUGCAUUUAAUUUAUAUUGGAGUUUUAUUAACACAAUUGAUCUCUUAUGCAUCAUAUUCGAUUAAUUUUUUCCUUUAUUCUUUUAGUGGUGUUGCAUUUCGAACAAGAGUUAGACAGUUUUUUAAUAAACUAUAUUGA